AUGAAACUGUCAUUUGGAAAAUUUUUCAUCGUCUUGUGUCUUAUUGGAAAUUGAACACUGUCGUCGUUUGUCAUAUGAUCAAAAAAGAACUCCUUAAAAUCUUUGAAAAAUGUUGAAGAAUUUAUUAAUUUUCGCCUUUUGCAUAAUUGCAAUUAAUGCCUCUGGGGAACUGAAUAUCGUUAAGUCUCCCAAGUCUCUAGAGUUCAAGGGCAAUGAGAAACUGGACAGUGAAAGUUUGGGCGAUGUUCUGUCUGCGGCUCUGGGCUUCUGGGUGGAUGAUUCUCUCAAGUGGAGUGGUAUGUUCAUCACUAAUCCCUUCGGAACUCCCAAGAACGCCUUGGUAGUGAUCGUACGCGACAUUGACAGCCUGAAUUUGAACUCGAAGACCAAGACCUACCGUCUGAUGGGCAGUUCCUCUUUGGAAUCGAUGAAUGCCGUGAGCUCAGACUUUGAGUCAUCCAACAUUCAGGCUGCCACUUUGGACUUCAAUCAGUUGAGCGAAGCUAUGCUAACAAUGGAAACGUUGUUCGGUGAGACUCAUGUGGGUCCCAUCAAGGCGACCAACAGUCUGAAGCCUGAAUUGCACUCAGAGGACAAGGAUUUCCUUACCCAGAUUGCUUACCUUGAGAAGGCAGCCACCAAUUACUUGAACUCGCCCCAGUCCACGACUCUUUUAGUCAUCAACAUCUCUUUGGAACCCAUCUCCAAGGCUCAUGGUGAAAAAUCUCCAGCUCUGGCUGAGGCCCGCAAAUUGAUUGCCAAUCUGAUUGAGACUCUUUCCUCGGCUGCCAACUCGGACACCUUGUUUGUUGCUGUCGCCGAGAAGCCCGAGCUUAACCGUGCCAAGCGUGAGACUGUCGAGGGUGAAUCGGCCAAGUCCCUUAACCUCGCCACCUACUACAACGAGGAUUACCCCGUGAUCUUCAACAUCAUCCUCUGGUUCAUGGUGGUCCUUGGGUUCUCCGUACUCGCCAUCUGCUACGCCAUUGGUUCCAUGGAUCCCGGCAGGGACUCCAUCAUCUACAGGAUGACUUCCACCAGAAUGAAGAAGGACAACUAAGAGCCUCCUCUUGGUUUGUGUUUUCUUUUGCGACUGCUUACAAAGCAUUUUGUUCCAUAAUUUUAAAUAUCAACAAUUUCUAAUCAAAUUUAAGACACACCCCCACACAUCCAACUUACUAUAAACCGUUAGCGAAGUAUUAAAAUAAUAAAUAAUUGGGUUUAUAAAUAAAGUUAAAGUUGUUGUUGGCGCCCAAAAGUUGUAUAAAUUAAUUACAUAUAUUAUUAUAAAAUCGUUUUUUUUUUUUUUCUUAACUUUUUUCCCAUUUUUAUGUUUAUUUUUGUUGUUUUUAUUAAAAGAAAAAUUAUAUAAUGAUGUAAAUAUUAUUUUGUUUUAAUUUUUCUUUAUUGAGAAGAAAAAUUAAAGAAUAAUAAACAUUUAAUGUAAGUAAGUGUAAAAA